AUUGUUUGUCCAAGGCGUUUGUGUAAUAACCCCUCAAUACUGCAUAAAUUGGCAAUUAUAUAUUUUUGCUUCGGCAAUGGCUACCUGGAUUGUCGGAAAGCUGAUCAUUGCAUCUUUAAUUUUGGGAAUACAAGCCCAACAAGCUAGAACGAAAUCACAAGAUAUUUUCGAAGAUGAUAAUGAUAAUGGAACGACUACACUGGAAUCGCUAGCCAGAUUAACAUCCCCGAUUCACAUUCCAAUUGAACAACCUCAAACAUCGGACUCAAAAAUUCUAGCUCAUCUUUUCACAUCUGGAUACGAUUUCCGAGUGCGACCUCCAACAGAUAAUGGAGGACCAGUUGUGGUUUCAGUUAACAUGCUCCUUCGAACUAUUUCAAAGAUAGAUGUUGUGAAUAUGGAGUAUAGUGCUCAAUUGACAUUGCGAGAGAGUUGGAUUGACAAGAGACUCAGCUACGGAGUAAAAGGAGAUGGUCAGCCAGAUUUUGUGAUUCUCACUGUUGGACAUCAAAUUUGGAUGCCCGACACGUUUUUCCCGAAUGAGAAACAAGCUUACAAGCAUACGAUUGAUAAGCCGAAUGUAUUGAUUCGAAUACACAAUGAUGGUACAGUAUUGUACUCUGUUCGUAUUUCACUAGUCCUCUCUUGCCCAAUGUAUCUACAGUACUAUCCAAUGGAUGUUCAACAGUGUUCCAUUGAUCUUGCAUCGUAUGCCUACACUACAAAAGAUAUCGAAUAUUUGUGGAAAGAGCAUUCACCACUUCAGUUAAAGGUUGGAUUAUCAAGCUCGUUGCCUUCAUUCCAGUUGACUAAUACUUCAACGACAUAUUGCACCAGUGUAACAAACACUGGCAUUUAUUCCUGUUUGCGAACUACUAUUCAGUUAAAGAGAGAGUUCAGUUUUUACCUUCUCCAACUCUACAUCCCGUCAUGCAUGCUAGUCAUCGUAUCCUGGGUUUCAUUUUGGUUUGAUCGAACUGCAAUCCCGGCUCGUGUCACCCUCGGAGUCACCACGCUGCUUACAAUGACAGCUCAAUCAGCCGGUAUCAAUUCACAACUACCUCCAGUUUCCUAUAUCAAGGCGAUUGAUGUCUGGAUUGGUGCAUGUAUGACAUUCAUUUUCUGCGCGUUGUUGGAGUUUGCAUUGGUAAAUCAUAUAGCUAACAAGCAGGGUGUUGAGAGAAAAGCUCGAACUGAAAGAGAGAAAGCUGAAAUUCCACUUCUUCAAAAUUUGCACAAUGAUGUUCCCACAAAGGUUUUCAAUCAAGAGGAAAAAGUAAGGACAGUUCCACUGAAUCGCCGGCAAAUGAAUAGCUUCUUGAAUUUGCUCGAGACAAAAACCGAAUGGAAUGACAUAUCAAAACGAGUCGAUCUUAUUUCUCGAGCCCUGUUUCCUGUUCUAUUUUUUGUUUUUAACAUUUUGUACUGGUCUCGUUUUGGCCAGCAGAACGUAUUAUUUUAGAUUUGUAAAUCGAAUAAGUUUUUGUUUUAUGGCAAAAAUGAUCGAGAAUGCUUUUGAUUUAAUCUGAAUGAAACUGUUUAAAAAAUU